AUGACACAGAGAAGACCAGCAGUGACGCGCAGUCGUUCUCAGCCCCCCGCAGCAAGCUCAGAUACCAGCGUGUUAAUGUCAGACACUGAGGGCGAAGAAACAUUCGACUCGCAAUUGCGCCCCACGAGCCGGCGUACCUCUAGCAUAUUCUCGCUAGACACGUCGCCGCUGGACCCGCCGAAUGAGACGGAUAUUCAGAAGUUCACCAGUAACGCAUUCCACUUUGGAAUGAUCCGCAACCUGCACCUGGCGGACUAUAUAACGAUGAUGAACGGGUUCUGUGGUUUUUACUCGAUCGUGAGUUGUCUCCGGUUCACGUUGACGGGAGCACCACACUACGUGCAGCGCGCACACUUCUUCAUUCUACUUGGGACGCUAUUUGACUUUUUUGACGGGCGCGUGGCACGGCUGCGUAACCGCGCAUCGUUGAUGGGCCAGGAGUUGGAUUCCUUGGCAGACCUAGUGUCCUUUGGCGUGGCGCCCGCCACGGUAGCGUUUGCCAUUGGCUUCCAGAGCACGGUCGACGUUCUGGUGCUUUCGUUCUUUGUGCUCUGUGGGCUUGCUCGGCUUGCGCGCUUCAAUGUGACCGUGGCACAGAUGCCGAAGGAUAUUACAGGCAAGUCGAAGUACUUCGAGGGCCUCCCAAUGCCCACCUCCCUUUUACUGGUGGGUUGCAUGGCAUAUUUGGUAAACGAAGAACUAAUGGGAGAGCACCUACCGCUUGGCGUCUAUGGAGUAGGCGAAUGGUUCGAGUUCCACCCGGUUGUCUUAGCAUUCUUUAUCCACGGCUGCGGGAUGAUUUCGAAGAGUUUGAGGAUCCCGAAGCCAUAG